AUAAUCUAUAAACCUUGAUAAGGUCUAUGAUCGAGACAGUGAUAACGGAACGUGGUGAUAACGGGUCGGCUGCUGUGCCUCCACGAUUCUGUAAUAUAAAGCGAAGGAGAGGAGAUGUUAUCAAGGUUAAUAAUAAAUAAUAAACAUUCUUAACAGUCAAAUGUUAUUCAAAAGUUGCACGUAAUCAGUUUAUAUAAUUUUGAAAUAAUCAAAACUCAAAAGCCAUAAUAUAAAUACCAGUAUACUUAUUCGCUCAACCACCUAUUUAAGCUGAAGAACAAUUGAUAUCAAAUUCACGCAAUGGCCAAAGUCAUUUUAGUUACUGGUGGAUCGGGACUAGUGGGCAGCGCCAUUAGAACAAUUGUUGAAACCCAAAAUGAAGCAUUACCUGAUGAAAAAUGGAUAUUUACUAAUUCUAAAGAAGCAGAUCUCAAUGAUGUACAAGCGACAAAAGAUUUAUUUGAAAAGUAUAAACCUACACAUGUCAUACACUUGGCGGCCAUGGUUGGUGGUUUAUUUCAUAAUAUGAACAACAAUUUGGACUUUUUGCGCAAAAAUUUACACAUAAAUGACAAUGUACUAGAAACUAGUUUUCAAUACAAUGUAAAAAAAGUAGUAUCAUGUCUAUCUACAUGUAUUUUUCCAGACAAAACAUCAUAUCCAAUAAAUGAAACUAUGAUUCAUAAUGGGCCUCCUCAUCCAUCCAAUUUUGGUUAUAGUUAUGCCAAGCGACUGUUAGACAUCUCAAAUAAAGCAUACCAUCAAAAACAUGGAGUAAUAUAUACUUCAGUAGUUCCAUGUAAUGUGUUUGGACCACAUGACAAUUUUGACUUACAAAAUGCCCAUGUAGUUCCAGCUCUCAUUCAUCGACUUCAUAUAGCUAUAGAAAAAGGGGAUGAAAAAUUUGUGGUACUAGGAUCUGGAAAACCUUUGAGACAAUUCAUUUAUUCUUUGGAUCUUGCCAGACUAUUUGUUUGGGUUUUAAGGAAUUAUAAUGAUGUCGAACCUAUCAUAUUAUCAGUGGAUGAGAAAGAUGAAAUAACAAUUCGGUCAUUAGCUGAAAUGAUUGCAAAAUCAUUUAAUUUCCAAGGAAUUUUAGAAUUUGACACUAGUGCUGCAGAUGGUCAGAUCAAAAAAACUGCUAGUAAUGAAAAACUUAGAAAAUUGUUACCAAAUUUUAAAUUUACCAAUUUAGAAACAGCUAUAGCUGAUACUGUUGAAUGGUUCAAAAAUAAUAAUAAACAAGCAAGACUGGUUGCACCGUAAAGAAUAUUAUUAAUUUAAAAAUAUGUUUUUAUUUAUAUAAGAAAUCUGAAUUUAUCUUACAUUUUAUUUUUGUUAUAAGUACUGUUAUUUAUAUUGUAUGGUAAACAAUAAUCUUAAUUAAGUAAAUUACUAUAUUUGAUCCUCAAAACUGUUUUCUUACUAAAACUGUUAUAUUAAAGUACAAAAUAAUUAUUAUAAAUAGUCCAGAGACCAGAAUUGUUGGUUAGUUGUAAUAAACUAUAAUUGUAUUUUAGUUUAAAAAAACCCUAUAAUAUAAAAUAGUCUUAGUUAAUAAUAUAGUUGCAACACUAAUGUAGUAAAUAAGUAUUAUUAAAACGAAUGGCGAUUUUAUAUUCGUUAGUAUCUAAAAUUAAUAAACUAUUAAAAAUUAAAACAGGUACAGUUUUUUUAACAAAAAAAAUAAAUAUGAAAGACGAUUACAAAAUAUGUGCUUAGAUAUUAAAAAAGUAUCAGAAAUUAAAUGUUUUUUACAAAACAUAUUAUUUGUAUGUCGAAA